AAUGAAUUAUAUACCGAACUCCCAAAACCCUAAUAACGCAGACACCAGACGCAGCAGCCACAGAGAGAGAAGGGGGGGGAGAGAGAGAGGGAGAGCGAGAGAGCGGGCAGCAACAAAUAUUCACCUUGAAGAAGAAAAAUGAAGUUCAACAUCGCUAAUCCCACAACUGGAUGUCAGAAGAAGCUUGAAAUCGAUGACGAUCUCAAACUCCGUGCUUUCUAUGACAAGAGGAUUUCUCAGGAGGUGAACGGAGAUGCUCUGGGUGAGGAGUUCAAGGGCUAUGUUUUCAAGAUCAUGGGAGGCUGCGACAAGCAAGGUUUUCCAAUGAAGCAGGGAGUGUUGACUCCUGGCCGUGUUCGCCUCUUGCUUGUUAGAGGAACUCCUUGCUUCAGGGGAUAUGGUAGACGUAAUGGUGAGCGUCGUAGGAAGUCUGUUAGAGGAUGCAUUGUGAGCCCUGACCUCUCUGUUCUUAACUUGGUUAUUGUGAAGAAGGGUGAGAAUGAUCUCCCUGGUCUGACUGAUGUUGAGAAGCCAAGGAUGAGAGGUCCAAAGAGGGCUUCCAAGAUCAGGAAACUCUUUAACCUUACAAAGGAUGAUGAUGUCAGGAAGUAUGUCAACACCUAUCGUCGGACAUUCACAACCAAAGCUGGAAAGAAAAUCAGUAAAGCUCCAAAAAUUCAGAGGCUGGUGACUCCAUUGACUCUGCAAAGGAAGCGUGCUAGAAUUGCGAAGAAGAAGCAAAGGAUUGCUAAGGCCAAGUCAGAGGCAGCUGACUACCAAAAGCUACUUGCUAGUAGGUUGAAGGAACAGCGUGAAAAGCGCAGUGAGAGCUUGGCAAAGAAAAGGUCCAGGCUAUCUGCAGCCUCCAAGCCCUCUAUUGCUGCAUAAACUGAACAUUACCUUGAGUUUUGAUGAUGUUCUUUGUUAGUUUAAAAUACUAGUUUGGUUAAGGUGAUUUUGUGAUAACAUAUACUGUUCUAUUGAAUCUUAUUAGACUUGUUUUAUGGUACUUAUUUAUUUAAUUUGAGAGAUCAUUACGAUUUUGUUAUA